AUGCUGCCUCUGCCCCUGCUCAACGGCGACGAAGGCGGAGGAGACUUGACUAUGGAGGCAGAUUCGAUUACAUUGGGAGGGCGGUGGAUGUGGAUUUUGCCAGUGGAGGUUAUUAGCCCAAGACCUUUGUUGCAUGGGGAUGGUGAUGGCAUUGGCAGAGGAAGGAGGUAUAAAUUUGAGAGGACUCUGAGGAAGGAGUGA